AUGCGACAUGCAUCCGUGCCAGCCUCGGGACGUCAAAUAUCCCUGGCACCACAAGAACAGACACAGCCUGGAUCAUGGGACGACAUAGUGCAAGUGCAUCUGCCUCAGUCGAGUAGUAAUGAUAACUCGCAGCCCGCCGUUGCUGGCCGAGGAGCCAUCACCUUUUCGCCUCCACGGAGUGAAGAUACCUUUGGACCCUUAUCACCUGCUUCACAGGAUUCCGUCCUCAGGAUUGAAUCACCACCGGGUAGCGACCAGCAACAAGGCGAUGCACAGCAAGGGCGAAUCCCAGAUUGGCUAGAUUAUUCCGAGCUUCAGGAGGGUGGUGCAAAACACAUAGUGCAAAAAGACUCACUGGAACGCCACCCUGAACUCAAGCUCCGUGACACACAAAAUUUUCAAGACACAUCCGGUUAUGACCAAGAAGAACUCGCAUUGAUGAAUAUCCCCGACAAGAACCGGCGGAAGAGAUAG